AUGGCUGCUAGGCGGCUAUCUUUGGAUUUAAACAACGAAGGGGUGUUUGGGAGAAUCGGUUGGGAGGAGUGGACAGGGAAACCCCUCGUUGUGGGUAGGCCCGGGGAGGGAAGGGAAGGUGGUGUGACUAAAGGGAAAGAGGGAGGGGAUGGUGGUGUGAUUAGAGCGAGGGAGAGAGAUGAUGGAACUCAGAGGAGGGAUGAUGCACAAGCAGAAGAAGUCCUAGAUGAAGGGGGAGAUAGGGAUGGGGACUUACACAGAGGAGGAAGGGAGGAGGGAGGAGGGGGUGGGGAGGGGACUCUAAGGAAGGAGAGAGCAAAGCGUUGCGACAAAAAUCCGGAGGUGCUGCAACGAAGCUUCCACAGAGCUUCGGAGGUUCCUGCGGCUGCGGUGUCUCAGCAAUCCUGCCAUGCAGUUUUGUUGCCUUGUGAUUCAGUGGAAAAUGCUGCUCCAAACGCCCCUGGCAGCAACACAGGCGAUAGAGAGAGUUUGACUGGUUGCGUAACCGACCGCAAGAGCGGCAGAAGAAGUGGCAGCAGCAGUGGCGGUAGCAGCAAGCCCAUUCGUCCCCCUGUGAGGCAUGCGUCUUUGAAUCUGAGGCAUGCUGUGAAUGAGUGGAGGGAGGGGCAGGAGGGGACGGAUGGGAGGGAGGGGAAGGAGGGGAGGGAAGGAGGCAGGGAAGGGAGGAAAGGGAGAGAAGGGAGGGAAGGGAGGGAAGGGAGAGAAGGGAGUGGCAGCAAGAGUGGGAGCAAGACUGAAAGCAAGACUGGCAGCAGCAGUGGCAGUAGCAGGUUCCUACGCCCCCCUGUAAGGCAUGCCUCGUUGAAUCUGAGAGAUGCUGUGGAUGAGUGGAGGGAUGGGCAGGAGGGGAAGAAAAGGAGUGGCAGCAAGGCAGAGAGCAAGAGUGAGAGCAAGGCUGGCAGUGGCAGUAGCAGGCCCAUGCGUCCCCCUGUAAGGCAUGCCUCGUUGAAUCUGAGAGAUGCUGUGGAUGAGUGGAGGGAUGGGCAGGAGGGGAAGAAAAGGAGUGGCAGCAAGGCAGAGAGCAAGAGUGAGAGCAAGGCUGGCAGUGGCAGUAGCAGGCCCAUGCGUCCCCCUAUAAGGCAUGCCUCGUUGAAUCUGAGAGAUGCUGUGGAUGAGUGGAGGGAUGGGCAGGAGGGGAAGAAAAGGAGUGGCAGCAAGGCAGAGAGCAAGAGUGAGAGCAAGGCUGGCAGUGGCAGUAGCAGGCCCAUGCGUCCCCCUAUAAGGCAUGCCUCGUUGAAUCUGAGAGAUGCUGUGGAUGAGUGGAGGGAUGGGCAGGAGGGGAAGAAAAGGAGUGGCAGCAAGGCAGAGAGCAAGAGUGAGAGCAAGGCUGGCAGUGGCAGUAGCAGGCCCAUGCGUCCCCCUAUAAGGCAUGCCUCGUUGAAUCUGAGACAUGCUGUGGAUGAGUGGAGGGAGGGUCAUGAGGGGAAGGAUAAGAGGGAGGUUAGGGACAGGGAGCACGAUAGGAUGACAGCAUGUAAAAUCCGUCCUUCCAAGGCUUUGCGCCCCCCUGUUAGGCAUGCCUCUCUUGACAUGCGGCGAGCGGUGGACGAGUGGAGGGAGGUGCAGGAGGGGAGGGAGGGGAGGGAGGGGAGGGAGGGGAGGGAGGGGAGGGAUGGGAGGGAGAGGAGGGAUGGGAGGGAAGAGGACGGGCAGGACAAAAUAACUGAGCUGGUUACGAGGGAGUUACAGUGCCAAGGCAGUCGAUUGUUUGAGUCGACUCUCGAGUCGACUAAAAGGUUAGAGGGUCAAGGUAGCCGGUCUCUUGGGUCGACCCUUGAUUCGAUUCAAAGGUUAGAGGGUCAAGGAAGCCGAUCUUUUCCUGAGUUUCUGAAGCCACAACAGCCAUGGGACUUGGAUCUUUCAGAUUCCGAGCUUUCAGGGCCGGAACUACCUGGAUUAACCCCUGGCGGUGGUGCUCCUGCUGUGGCUGCUGCCUCUGCUGCCUCUGCUGCAAGGACUAGCGUUGACUCGUUUGACUUUCUUGGAAAGCCGGUUGUGAAAUCGAGAAUCGCGCUGAUCAAGGAGAAGAAGAAGAAGGAGGUGGGGCUUGAGAUUGUUCAUAAAGAGAAGAAAAAAGAAAAGGGGCGGAUUGGAAGGCAGAGGUCGCUGGAUGCAAGGGGCAGGGGGGCACUGGGAAGAGGAGGGUCGUGGGACUUGGGAGGAUGGGAUGAGGGAGCACAGAGAGCGGGCACAUUGCAAAUCGAUCCGAUUUUGGGCCUUGAGUUGAAUCCUGCACGUGAUUGGGGUGUUACUUCAGAAGAUUUUGAAGAAUCGGAGAAUCCUGGUUUUAAUCUUGGGCGUUUUGAGAAGCCUAAGAACAUAGGUUUUGGUCUUGAGCGUUGUCAAGAGGCGUCUCUUAUAGGGGAUGGUGGUGUUUUGUGGCAGGGCGAGAACGAGGGUCAAGUAGACAGGGGAGCUGGCAGGGGAGGUGAGGGAGGGGAGUGGGGGGAGAGGAGACAGCGAGACAGGCAGCUAGAGAGGCUAGGUCGACGGGGGUCGUUGGAUCUCGGCAGGAGCAUGGGGGGAGGGGAGGGUGGGAGAGGAGAGGGUAGGGGAGGCGGGCGGUGGGAGGGGGAGAAGAGAGUGGAAGAGUGGCUGUUCAAGUCACAAAGGGAUGGUCAGAUGUACCGCCAGUCUUCGGCUGCUUCUACUAGCGGUGCUGCCGCCGCCGCUGCUGCUGCUGCUGCUGCUGCUGGCGCUGGUGCUUCUACUGCUUCUGCUGCUGCUGCGGCUGCCGCUGCUGCUGCUGCCGCUGCUGUUGCGGUAGCUGCCCGGAUUUAA